CCCGUGCCCCUUGUUCUAUCGGGUCCUGAGCGCAGCCGUGGGACAGAGGCCGGCGAAUCCUUUCUGCGCCAAGUGCUUCACCUCCGUCCCGACGCGUUAUCCCGAACCCCAGAGUCAGGCGCCAUCACACCCCGCUCUGUGCACCGGCGGACCGAGGCUAGAAGCCAUGACUCCGCCUGGAAAGUAGGAGGCGGGCCCAGAAGAGCCCAGACGACAGCGCCCACCAACCGGCCGCCACCCCUCGAGGCCAACAUCCCGACCGGCCUCGGGGCGAACCAAAGGCGCUCUACCCCAUUGGUCACAGCCUCGAGGGGCGGGCCUCGAGGGGCGGGCCAACGAGGGGCGCGCGCUGGUUGGCGGGAGGCGCACCAAUGAGGAGCCCGCGGCGCGGGCGUCAAAUGCGAGUGCUAGCCGCGCGACGUUUGAGGUGCCGUGCGGCCUGGCGCGGCGUCUGUGGUGAUUCCCGGCGUCGCCCGAAGCCCUCGUCGCUCGCCUCGCGCCGCUGCCAUCUUGCCUGUGGCGCCGGGACCAGGGCGACCUUCUCCCGGCACUCGCGGCAUGAGCGCCCCCGAUGAGGUGUCCGUCUUGGGGGAGGGUUUCGGGGAGGAGGGCGGGGAGCGGGUCGCCGUCCGCCCGGCAAGCCCCGGAGCCCCGCGGGGCCCACCGGGACCAGGUGUGGAUCUGGGGCCGCCGCCCAGCAGCGAUGACGAGGGCGGGGUCCCAGACCCCGAGGGUUUCGAGUCCGAGGGGGAAGUGACGGAAGCGGGAGAGCCGGUGCUUUGGGGCCUCGAAGGCCGCCCCGGCUCCCCGGCCGACGACAAGGGGGACGCCCUGGAGGGCGCGUCCCACCUUGCGGACGAGGCCGCGGCGGCCAUCGUGCAGCAGCUGACCAACCGGGAUGGCCUGGGCGGGCGGAGAAACCCGUCCCCAGAGAGCUGCGUCGUGGACGCGGGCCUCGAGGCAGGGCCGAGCGGGAGAGGAGCGCUUGUCCUUAGCCGCGGAGAGUCGCGGCGGCCUGACGCUGCCCUUCUCCACCUGGGUGGGCCCGAGAGACGCCCCGCUUGGGCGAACCCGAAAAGAGGCACGAAGGGCAGUUCGAACGUCGCCGCGGGGGAUCGCCAGUGGCCCUCCGCGGAAAGUCGGGGCAAGCUGCCUUCCGACAGCGAGUCACUGAAUGAGUUCAGUGAGAUACAGCUGAUGAGGGUGAGCAUUUACACCAAAGGAGGAGGCCAACUCAAGCCCAACAGCCCCGAGGGUCCCGGGGACACAACCAGACACUCGAAUUUCCAUGUCAGGGAGAGUUUCCUCCGCGCGCCGGGCUCUUUCCCGUCCUCCGCGCCCCGAGGGCUCACAUCGCUUGUGGAGAGGCAGGCCGUUGGAGACCAGGACAUCUCCUCCUCUAGGAAAAUGCAGGGUGUGGUCUGGGGGAAGGGGGAGAACAGGCCCAGCUACCCAAGAUCUGAUGCUGCGGGUGGCCUGCCCCGGGCCACCCCUAAGAAGAAGGCGGCCCAGGAGAAGAAAUCCCCAAGGGGGGCCUCAAAUGUUUCCCUGGGGAGAAUGUUCCCGUCCUGGGGGCAGAGAGCCUCGGCAGCACCACUGGCACCAGCCACUUUCCCCCCAAUAACUGGUGUUCCGCUGCUUGGGAGGUCCAAGAUGUAUUCCUUGGUCCCUGCGGGAACCAAACAGUCCAAGCACACCCACUCGGGGAAGAAAUCGGUGGCCAGGAGGACUCGGAAGACCGAGCCGGUGGUGGCCGGGGAAGAUAAUGACUCAAAAAGAGAUGCAGUCCCAAAGGGGCUGCCGUUGGACACCCUCCUCCCCCGGGUCACCGGGAUGUCAGACCGGGUCAUUUGCACAGGGGCAGACAUGAAGCAGCUUUCAGCACACAGGCCAGGGCCGUCUUGUCCGUUGGUGCAUCGUGGGGAAAGCAGCCGUGGCGACGUCAACACCAGAGCCCCCCAGUUUCCAGGAAGCUCACGGCCCUUGGCCCCGAGCCAGGGAGACGUCAUGCCCAGAGGGCCCGCACCCUCGGCUGACCAGGAAGGGCUUGCCCGCCUCCCAAGACCGGAAAGGCAGCAGCAACCACCUGGAGCACAGGGCUGUCCUCGGUGUCUCGUGCUGCAGGGAGAAAUUGACCACCUGAAAGAGCAACUUGCGGCCCUGCAGUCCCUGACUGACCAGUUCCAGACCCUUGGAAGCUGAGCCUAGCAUCUCCUACAAGAGGAGCGGCUGGUACCUUUGGAGCCAGGGAGCUGUGGCCAAGCUGCUUCCCUGCCGUCGACGUUCGACCUCAGCCUGGGCUUCCUCUCCCUGUUCUUGGCCGCCUCCCCGCCCCGGUUCACAGCAGUUUCAAAUUAAAGUACCUCUCAUGUUC